CGACCUUCAAUCAUUCAAUGUGACUUUAAAAAUUGAUAUGAAAAAUAGAGGGGAUAAAUAAUUAGCUUCCAGCCAAUAUAAUUUAUGUUACCAUCGAUUCGCUUACGGACACGGAGAAAAGAAAUUUUUGUUUAGGAUUUUUUAACCUCUAAUCAACAGGUGGCCACAAUGUCUGGAAAAGGAGAUAUAGGCCUUAUUGGAUUGGCCGUAAUGGGUCAAAAUUUAAUCUUGAACAUGGCAGAUCACGGAUUCACCGUCGUAGCAUUUAAUAGAUCUAUUGAAAAGGUGCAUGCUUUUUUGGCUAACGAGGCUAAAGGAAAAAGUAUAAUUGGGGCUGAAUCAAUCCAAGAUUUAGUUAACAAAUUGAAAAGUCCUCGCCGUAUCAUGUUGCUCGUUAAAGCUGGGAGUGCCGUAGACAGUUUUAUCGAUCAACUUGUACCACUUCUUGAAAAAGGUGAUAUCAUUAUCGAUGGAGGUAAUUCAGAGUAUCAGGACAGUCAAAGGCGCACAGCAGACUUGGCAGCCAAAGGGAUCAGAUUUGUUGGAGCAGGGGUGUCAGGUGGUGAAGAAGGUGCUCGUUACGGGCCCAGUUUAAUGCCUGGCGGAAAUCCGGAAGCCUGGCCAUUUAUUAAGGAUAUUUUCCAAAGUACAGCCGCCAAAGCUGAUGGUCAACCUUGCUGUGAGUGGGUGGGUAACGAUGGUGCUGGACAUUUUGUUAAAAUGGUACAUAAUGGUAUUGAGUACGGAGACAUGCAACUUAUUGGUGAAAUUUAUCAGUUAAUGUCUUCUAUUGGAAUUAGUCAAGAAGAAAUGGCAAACACCUUUGCCGAAUGGAAUAAGGGAGAAUUGGACAGUUUCCUUAUAGAAAUCACUAGAGAUAUUUUGAGAUUCAAGGACAGUGAUGGUCAAUAUUUGCUUCCCAAAAUACGAGACACCGCCGGACAAAAAGGCACUGGCAAAUGGACAGCAAUCGCUGCCCUUAACUACGGGGUACCAGUAACCUUGAUCGGAGAAGCCGUGUUUAGCCGGUGCUUGUCUGCUCUUAAAAACGAGAGAGUUAUCGCCAGCAAGAAACUCUCAGGACCUACAACAAAAUUCACAGGAUGCCAGAAGCAGUUCCUUGGAGACCUAAAACAAGCUUUGUAUGCUGCCAAAAUAGUGUCGUAUGCACAAGGUUUCAUGUUGUUACGCGAAGCCGCUAAAGUACACAACUGGGACUUGGACUACGGUUCCAUUGCGUUGAUGUGGAGGGGUGGUUGCAUUAUCAGGUCAGUUUUCUUGGGGCAAAUCAAAACGGCGUUCGAUAAAGAUCCAGGUUUAACGUCCCUUCUUUUGGAUCCAUUCUUUUUGAAUGCCAUUACAAACGCCCAAGCAGGAUGGAGAAAUGUUGUUGCGACAGCAGUUACAAUAGGUGUGCCAACGCCAGCGUUGGGAACAGCACUUGCAUUCUACGAUGGGUAUCGUUCUGAGCGCCUCCCAGCCAAUCUUUUGCAAGCCCAGCGUGAUUACUUUGGCGCACAUACUUACGAACUGCUUGGGAAAGAAGGCAUUUUUGUGCAUACCAAUUGGACAGGAAAGGGUGGAAAUGUUUCCGCAUCAACAUAUGAUGCUUAGGAGCGUUAUGAUUAAAACUGCAUCGAUGGUUAUUUGUUAUUCCAUUAUUUAUGUACUUCUGUGUUGAUAUAAGGUUUUUUUGAAUUAAAUACAGUAUUGUUUUUA